AUGGAAGACAUUCCGGAACCACCAAACAUGGGUCAUGAACCACCAACAGGAAAGAGAAGCCGGGAGUUUUGUGCUUAUCACCGUUUUCAAGGUCAUAACACCAAUAAUUGUCGAAAUAUACAGAAAAUUAUACUAAGAAUGAUCGAUCAAGGGAAAUUAAGCUACUUCCUAGUUGCACAACAACAGAAUAUACCACCACCACCAGAAGGGCAGGCGGCAGGAGUGAAAACGGGAAACAAAACAUAUUUGAUUGAAGCAGGAGCGAAUGCAAAGAACUUAUACUUCAACUCAAUAAUACACUCGUUCAUAAACAUAGAAGACUUCCACGACAAUGUUCUGAGUCGAGUUCAUGCAAGAGAUGAUGAUGGAAAAGAGAUAUUAAAAUUGGCAAAGGUAUCACCACUGAAAAAUUGGCAAAAUCAAUCUAUCUCCUUCAGUGCGGAAGAAGUACUAGGAGGCGGAGAAUUGCAUAAAAGCCUAUUAGUUGUUAAGCUGGAAAUAAUACCAAAAACAAAUACUGAGGAAGAGGAAGAUGAUGAUGCAGACGCGUGGGCAAUAAACAUGAUAUUGAUAUACCCUGGAAGCUCAGUCGACAUAUUGUUUUACCAUGCUUAUAAGACUAUGGGCGGCAGAGAUUACGACCUCAUACCAUCGACUUAUAAGAUUUAUGGUUUCAAUGGAUCAGCCAAUAAGCCGAAAGGAGAAAUAACCAUGCGGAUCCCUCUAAAGAACAUAACCAAAGAAGUAGUAUUUUGCGUAGUUCACGUGGAGUCUCUAUACAAUGCCUUGAUUGGCAGACCAUGGCUACACAACAUUCUAGGAGUGGCUUCAACCUUUCAUCAAUGUAUCAAAUUUCCUUUACCUCAAGGCGUCGGAGUAAUAAGGGGAGACACCAAUGAGGCAAAAACCUGUAAUGAAAUUGAAGUCGACAAAAGUGAAGAACGCACAAAUAAGAGAAGAUAUUGGAAAAAGGAGAUACAAGAGGGCAAAAGAAGUGAAAUAUUAAUGGUUGAUGUUGUAAACAAGGCUGAAAAUGGGAAAGCUUCAAUGUGCAAGGAUGAAGAAAUGAAAUAG